AAAGCUAUAACACAAGGACUGAAAAUGCAAUUGUUCUCCAGUAAAAAAAAAAUGCAAUUGUUCCAAACAAAAGAAAGAGAAAAAAGGGAAAGAAAAUCUACUCUACUGCAAGUCUCUGUUCCCACGCUCCAGCCCACCAACCAAUGCAAUCCUCUCUCUCUCUCUAAGGCUAAGCCCUUUCAGUUCACUUUCACUCUCUUGCUCUUUGGCUUUGCUUUUAAAGUCUGAAAGUAGUCUACUUUCUCAGCUCUCUUCUUCUGCUUUACUCUUCCGCUUCCCCUUCUGCAUCAUCCCUUCCUCUUCUUCUUCUUCUUCUUUCCGACAAUGCCAAUCAAAUCCGACCCGUCCACUCCGCCGCCGACCAUCGGCAAAAUCGGCCCUUACACCGUCUUCAUCACUCCUCCUCCCACUCCUUCAACUCCGCCGUCUCCCCUUUCCCCGCCGCCUCACAUCCACGAUUCCCCAAAGAAGGUCGUCUGCCCUCCCGCUCCCCAGAUCCAGUCUUCCAAGCCCCUCACCAAAAAAAUCGACGAUGAAUCGGUUGGCGGCUUCUUCCGCUCCGCCGUCUCCAAGGUUCAACACGUGAAUUCGAGCUUGGAUGAACAUUUGGCGCGGUGGUUUGGACUGAAUCAGUCCAAGUACCAGUGGGCUCUGGAUGAUUAUUUUGAGACCAAGGGAUUGGUAAGCUUCAUUGGCUCUUUUCUCUCUGUGUCUAGCGUAUGCCUUUGGUGGGGAACUCAGUGAAAUGAACCGUAUGAUUUGCUUAGAUUGUCCUAUCUUUGUCUUAAUUUGCUAAUUGUGGAUUCUUGUGUUGAGUUUGUUGUUGUUGGGGGUGGGAACUGGGAAGAGUGAAGUUGAAUGAGAAGUAGCUUAGAAGCAAUGAACCAACCAUCUCAGAGUAGGUCCCGACGGGGACAUCCGCUAUAAUUGGAACGAAACCAUCUCAAAGUAGGGGUCAUAUACUUUGAUCUGGUCCGAAAUCGAAUGAGAAUGAGGACUAGAAUCCGGAUCAUAAGAGCAUUUGAUCUGGAAAUUCGUAAAUUUGUUAAAUCGGGUUGAGUUGUGUACUAAAUUCUCUGUGGUCAGAGUCGAUCUCCAAAUGUGUGAUGAGAAUGGUUGGCCACCAAGCCACUAGGCACUAGCAUCCUUCAUCCAGACCUGAUGUCAUUUUAACUGUCCAUUUCCUUUGUGUUCGCAUCAGAUUCCCUUUACCUUCUUUCUCACUCUCAACUUGUGAAACUUUAUUCAUUUGCUUUACUAAGAUUCCUUCCUUUGUCCUUAACACACAACAGCAGCUCUAGCUCAUCUACUCUGACCAAAUAAGCAACAGUGAAAACCAUACUCCUUUCCACACUUUUAACUCGCCCAACAUUGGUGCUCUUUUUUCCAGUUGUAGUUGCUUCCAUUUUCCUUUGGCAUUGUUUUCUUUCCUACAGAUCAAAUGACUCUAGAAUGUGGUGGAAAGUAAGUAGUAGAGACCCAAAAUGCUGGGAAAAAGCCAUGUUUCCUGUUAUUGUUCUGCUUAACCCGUGAGCUCAAAGUGGGGUUGGAAAGGCAGAAAGAUUGAAUCUUUGAGCUAUUGGCUGCUUCAAAUCACAAUAAAAAAAUGUUCUGCAUUGUGCAUUACUUGCAGGAUCAAGGAGCCAAAGCAAAAGAGUUUCCAGGUAAAGCACAGAAUGUGUGAACGGCGCUGUAAUGCCGUCCUCCCAAAUGCUACUCUGAUGGAUGAUCUGAUCCAGCUGGAUGUUUGGUGGAAUUUUUCCUGUGAAUUAGAAGACUGUUGUUAUGGCGAAUUGAUGUAGUCGAGCCGUCGGGGAUGGUGGACUGUCUGUUGUACAACAUCUUUAUCUAUAUGUAAUGGCUGCUCUAUUAAGCAAAGUAUAGUAUAGGAGAAAGUAGCUAAGAAUGUGCUUUUGCUUCUUUGAGUUCCCUUUGGCCUCAUUUUGCCACCUAACCCUGUUGUGUUGUAGCUGUUUGUGUAUCAAAGAUGCAAGCUUUGUCACUGUUGUGUGUACUUCUGGUGCUCUUUUGCCC